AAGAAUUGGAGUUGUCGUAAACGCAACGGUGUUAAGGACAACCCGACAUACACAUGGACCCCGAACGCGACUCGUUGGCCCAACCCAUUCCGGCGACAUCCACAAGGAUAACUUCGGGGGCAACUUGAACAAAUGCAAAUAUCAUAAUUUCUAACGUCAUGUCUGCAACGUCGUAACCGGAACGGCAAUCAGUCAGUUUGGGGCAGGGGCUGGUUUUAGGGAUAGGCCACAAAAUGUCUCGGGCAUUAAGGCUUUCUCGUCUUCAUUGGGGGGCGGGCAAAUGAAAUUGUUUUGCCACGCCACCGCGAAGGUUGCUGCCACAGUCGAAAUGAGGCAGGAGCACGCAAGGCCCGACUCGACCUGCUCCGACAUCAGACUUAUUUAUUUACUCUAAAAACCAUACAAGAAAAUUAAUGGCAAUUUGCUUGGUUUCAUAAAUAUGUCGAAAUGAAUGUUCUUAACAAGUGAAUGCCGUGGCAGAAGCAGCGACAGAAACAGGGACAGAGAUAGAGCUAGCCAGCCCCAUGGUUCGCCACCCUUCUUCCUGCUGCAUAUUGAUUGGCCAGGUCGAGGCUUCGGCUUUGGGGCCCCACUCUUAUCAGCUGGUUGGUUUCUAAUUGGAUUUGUUUGGGGCAGGCUCCCAUUCAAAACUCAUUUGGCGUUUUGCUGCACGGCACCGACUGUGCGUGACUCCUCUGCCUCAACUGGUUAAAGCUAUCCGCGGAUCGGGCUUUAAUUUCAAUGAUUUCAAUUAAGUGCGUGUAAAUCCGCCCGCUGCACCGCUCGUCUCACGCCUAGAACACGGGUUUCGCUGAGAUAUUAAUAAUGUAACUUUAUUGAAGUUUAUUGCGGCUUGUCAGCACAUGCAAACUGACAUACAAAGCAAAGGAGAGCCCCAAAGGCUGCCACAACUAUCAGGAAAAGGGGGAAGGAGCUGAAGGCAGAGCAGGAGGAGCCAGGCCAGAGACAAGCCACAGGCCAGGCAAAUAUGAGGCGAAGGUGAACAACUCAGUUUGCCAGCGACGAGUGCUAAGAACGGACGUCCGCCGGAUAGGACGGAGUGGAUAUACAUAUGUAUGUGUCGGAAAAUUAACUGAACGGUUAUUCAGUUUAGUACGACUGUUUUUCGGGUCCAAGGAUUAUGCUGUGUACUGAGAGUUGACCAUCCACCAGGAUCAUACUGAACCAAGCAGAAUGCCGCGCAAGAAGCAGAAGGUGGACACCAUCGAGGAGAUUGAGACCAGCAUCAAGCUGCUCUGUGAUCAGUCAAAUAAUCACAUGAAAGUUCGAGAAUACGACAAGGCGUUGUUCGGCUACAAUCAGGCUCUGGAGCUGAACAGCACGGACAUCAAUGCCUUGAUAUCGCGCAGCAAGUGCUAUCUGCUGCUGGGCGAGGCCUCCAAGGCACUGCAGGACGCGGAGACGGCCCUGGGAGAGGACAAAAACAAUAUACGGGCCAUAUACCAGAAGGCCGAGUCCCUCUACUACUUGGGCCAGUUCGAGCAGAGCCUCAUGUUUUUCCACCGCGGACUACGCGCACGCCCCGAGCUGGCAUCCUUCCGCCUGGGCGUGCAAAAGACUCAAGAGGCCAUCGAGAACACCAUCGGCACCAAGCCGCGUGCACCGCCGUCUGCCCCAAAAAGCGGCAAGCCGCGCAAGUCCGACGACAAUAUGUCAAAGUCGCAGACGCUGAACAGCCCCCGUCCGCAGAUGACGCGUCAGAAGCCCACUAAGGCGGACCUGGAGCGACGCAAUGCCCGGAAGCUGCUUGGCGAGCUGUGCGUGGACAAGGAGUACCUGGAGAAGCUGUUGCUGCAUCCAGACCUGGUACGCGCCGACACCAACACGGAGAACAUAUCCACCUUUGCCAAGGAGGCGGUCGAGUUCCUCAACAAGCGGCAGGAGUUCUGGCGACAGCAGCGCCCCUGCACGGCCCUGCCCAAUCACAAGAAUCUGCCUAACGAUGCGAUGCCCAAGUGGUUCUAGCUGGGCAUGCAGGAAUGGUCACUGGUCACUGGCCACUAGUCACGGAAGUGUUAAGUUUAUGUUUCUAUUUGCGUUGUGUUUGUUUGAUGCCUUGGCUGCAAUAAACCUGACCAAGAUGUAGAUUAUAUUGUACAUAAUU